AUGCCCAAGAGCACCUCUCCUGACCUGGCAGCCCGCAAAAAGAUGCGGAAGGGGACGCACAGCUGUUUUGAAUGCCGGCGCAGGAAGAUUCGGUGUAUUUUUCCGCCUGAUAAUCCCGACGUCUGCUCCGAGUGCUUUGCUCGGGGCUCGCGAUGCGUCGACCAAGAGCAUGCCAAUGCAGAUGUCGUGUUGGAUCAGAGGAAGAAUCUGCGGGAGAGAGUCUCCCGUCUUGAGGCUCUUGUUGAAACUCUGCUCGAUGAACGCGGCGACAAAAGUCCGGUCGAGAAGCAACCUAAGACGGCGAAAAGCGGCAAUUUUUCGUCAGACCCCAUUCCGUCUAGAGACCGAUUUCCUCCCACGCCCAUCUCAUCUGAUGUUACUCCGUCCGGCCAUGGACCAAUGCUCAACGCCCAUACGGGCAAUCCUCCUCUGCUAUCCGUGUUUGAAGACGCACUGAACAACGCGGAGAGUCAUUAUGCUAAGUCGGAGGCAUCCUGCCAGUACGGGACCAGGAAGGAUGGCUCCCCUGCGUGUGCUCAGGAGUCGCAAGAGCCGCUCCGUGUUCAGUGCAGCGGAGACAACCAUCUCGCUGACAUGAUCGAUGAGACAUCCGCAGCCGCGUCGAAACUGAAGCGGGCUCGAGCGAAAGAGGCCCUACUGUCUGUACUCCCUCCAUUCGACCAACUCAAUCAACUCUUGAACGCCAACGGCGAAUGGUGGCAGACAUGGCGAAAGAAGACUGCCGGCACGUCCGGCAACAUUCCGUUGGCGGAUUACGCUGCCCAUGCCAUUUCCGAAGAUGGAAGCCCAGCGGCACUAGGCGUCUUGGUCCUUGGUGUUGGUGUAUGCGUAGAAAGCGACGAUGUUGAUAAAUACAUCAACACUGUGGAUCGCUGGGUGCUUUCUGAUGACGAGUACGCUGCCACUCUGGAAGGCAUGGAAUGCCUCAUACUAGAAGCUAAGUGGUACUCCGAUGUCGGUCAGCCGCGUCGAGCUUGGCUUGCAUUCCGUCGCGGUCUGAUGUAUGCUCAACUUAUGGGUCUUCAUCGCAAACGUACCACCUCCGAAGCUCAUGAGAGUAUAUGGUGGUCACUGUACCAUGGUGAUCGCUUUCUUUGCCUGCUUCUAGGGCUGCCAUCCGGUGUGGUAGAUGCACAUUGCGACCUUACCUACCAGAUACCCCCAACCAAAUACCUCUUACCCCUCGACUUCGUCAAUCAGAUCUCCAUCAUAGCUGGAAAGGUUAUCGAUAGAAACCAAGGUUCAGGCGACCCAUCGUUCGCCUUCGCUCUUGACCUAGAUCAACAGAUGGAAGAGCUAUUCAACAAACUAGAUCCGACCUGGGUGGACACGUCAGCAGCGAUGGUCGAUUGCCAAACAAGUGCUGCCGACCUUCGAGAACGUCUACUAGCUCAGUUGAUAUAUCACCAAAUACGGGUCUACCUCCACCUCCCUUUUAUGCUGAAGUCAGUCAACAACCCCCGCUUUGUGUAUAGCAAGACAGUCUGUCUGGCUGGCUCGAGAGAGAUGCUGCGACUGUAUGCAAGCCUUCGCACGGGUUGCGCGGAGCCUCUAUACGAAUGCAAAGCCAUUGACUUUCUCGGAUUCACGGCCGCAAUUCUUCUCCUCCUCGGUCUCUUCCCCGUUGCUCCAGAUGCAUCAGUAAGCGUCAGCCCACAAGAAAUAGAAGAAGACUGGCGCCUGAUUGAGAUAUGUAUCGACAUAUUUCGCCGCGCGUCGAACGAGAAAGGUGGCAAAGUUGCAGCACAAAGCUAUGAAGUCCUGCAGAAAAUGUCGACCAAGCUUCGCGACGCCAAACCAGGACAGUGUGAUCCAGACGAUGAAGACUGCCCUUAUGGAGCCGAAGAGGGACCCGCGAUUGUGAUCCCAUACUUUGGUACCAUUUCGAUUCGCCGUGGAGACAAAACGGUACAGCCGCCGAAGCCCAUUAGGAAGGGCAUAUCGACAACCUCGUCUUCAACCUCGCCAUCAAUUACUCAGCUAACGCCCUCUUCGUCCACCGAUGCAAACACGUUUCUUCAGGGCAUCCCUUCUGUUGGAAUGGUGGACAACACCAUGAAUCAGAUGCAAGAUCCUUUCAUGACGUACGACGGGGUCUACGCAGGCAGCUCCAAUUUCGAUUCUGCGCUUAAUGAAGAUGGCAUUGCAAACUUCGCUCCACUAGCAAACAGCUUUUCGUGGCAGAACAUGCCGACUUCGAUGGAUAUUGAUCAGGACUGGAUUGGGUUUAUGAGCGAUGCUACGAAUCAAAUGCUGCCGAACCUAAGCACAACGGCACUAGACCAGGACUUUGCGCGAAACGCCUUUCCCGGAUUUUAA